CUCUGACUGGCAUCCUGCUGCGUUUGCUCUUUUUGGGUCAGAAAAGUCUCGUGAGGCUUUGGGAAGCAGUCAUAAACAAACAUUUCUCCUUAGGAGCUCGCAUUGAGCGGCAAUGGUCAAAUCCAGCAAACACGAAACAAUACCAACAGAGACUCCCCGCGGCCUAGCUAGAGCCGAUUCAUGUCAACAUGGCACCGCCUGAGGAAAACAAUCUGAGUAAACUACUAACAUCUUCAGUGUCCGGGACCUCCUUUUUGAUUGCUAUUCAAGUAUUCUCCAGGCUUUUCACUUUCGUUGCAAACCAGCUUGUUUUGCAUACCCUAUCACCGGCCAUCUUGGGAGUUGCGACACAACUUGAACUCUAUCUUAUCUCCAUACUAUACUUCUCCAGGGAGAGUAUCCGGGUCGCAAUCCAGAAACAACCACUGGAACUUCACUUCGAUGCCCACACCGCCAAGAAAAAGCAGAAUGAUGCAACAAAAGCGCCAUCAAGUGGUGACGCUGCGCGUCAAUCGGCUUUAUCAUCUCAGACUGUGGUGAACAUGUCUUAUCUCAGCCUGGGGCUAGGGAUCCCUUUGGCUUUGACGUUUGCUGGUUUCUACGUGCGCUUCGCCGCAGAAGAGGUGUCCCAGACUCCUUUCUACCGCAUAAGUGUUGCUAUUACUGCUGUCUCAUCGCUACUGGAACUCAGCGUCGAGCCCAUUUUCGCUGCGGUACAGCAACACAUGCUCUACAAGAAGCGCGCAGCUGUUGAAAUGUCCGCAGCCCUUGUGAAAAGCUUGGUAGUGUGCGGCUGUUUUACUUGGGCCUCCUGGACCGGCUAUACUAUCGGCAUUCUUCCAUUUGCUUUAGGUCACUUAUGUUAUUCCUGCACGCUUGUCUUCGGGUACAUCCAAGUCACGCGAGACGUAAGAAAACAAUGGCGCUUCUCGUUACUUCUUUCUCGACUCAAAUCUAGAGAUCAGUCGCGCUACGUCGCGGACACGUUCUCUUGUCGAUUGCUUUCAUUGUCUGCAAAUUCCUUCUUCCAGUCUAUCAUCAAGCACAUCCUCACGCAAGGUGAUGCAAUUAUCCUAGCAGCAAUGACAAGCUUGGAAGACCAGGGAAUAUAUUCUUUAGCCUGCAACUAUGGCGGGCUUGUCGCUCGCUUAUUAUUCCAGCCGAUUGAGGAGAGCAGCCGCAUUCUGUUCUCGUCAUUGCUCAAUUCAAGUGAGAGUACUACAAGCACCAAGGCUAUCAAUGCAGCAAAGGCACACCUAGUCGACAUCUUGCGUGGGUAUGGAAUGAUGUCCGCCCUUGUCUUGCCAUUGGGACCACACUUGGUACCACAAAUGCUGAAUGCAUUGGGCGGGCAUCGAUGGGGCUCUCCUGUGGUCACUAGCUUGGUUUCACUGUACUGCUACUACAUACCAUUCUUGGCAUUCAAUGGCAUAAUCGAGGCAUUUGUCUCUGGCGCAGCAACCCCUUCAGAACUUCGAACCCAGACAGGGUGGAUGGGGGUGUUCUCUGCGUGUUUCGCCUUCGCGGCUUACUUCUUUUUGAGAGUAGCUCAUCUCGGUGCCCAUGGUUUGGUUUACGCCAACAUUGUCAAUAUGGCCGUUCGCAUCCUCUGGGGGAUACACUUCAUUCGGUCGUACAUGCUUCGAAAUAGCAUUAAAAUGCCUUGGGCGGAAUUUGGUCUCCGGCCUUAUACAUACGUUGCGGGAGUUGGAAUGUCCCUAGGGCUAACAUGGCAUGGUGCCUUCGGCUUUGGCAUACGCGAAAUCCUAAAAUCCGGUGCAGUUGCAACUGGGUACGCUCUUUUGGUGUAA